CCUGACAGGAGCAGGGCCUCGGUGGUGGAACGGUGUACUCGGAGUGGGGAUUAAAGUAUUCUGCAGUUGAUGUUUAGAGGAGAUGGGGAUGUAAUCAUGUCGGAAAUGCUGCUGAAAGAAAUGGAAGCGGUGUCUCUCGGUCCCUGUUUGGAGGUAGAAGAGCCGGAGAGCGGACGGAGCUUUCUUUUAAUUGAUGAAAACGAAACUCUGCAGGUAAAAGAUGAAGCCCACUUCCUGAAAAAACUGGGCUGCAGCGCCGGACAAGGAGUCAAAGUCCUCUCCAUCUUUGGCAACACCGGCGAUGGCAAAUCUCACACGCUAAACCACGUGUUGUUCGAGGGCGAGGAAGUGUUCGCCACCUCUCCCUCGCCCGGCUCUUGCACCGUCGGCGUCUGGGCUGCUUACGAGCCCCGCCUGGGACUGGUCAUUCUGGACACGGAGGGUUUGCUCGGUGCUUCUACGCAGCAGAAUCAGCGAAUGCGCCUGCUGCUAAAGGUGCUGGCUGUGUCCGACGUGGCUUUGUACCGUACACGGGCCGAGCGGCUGCACAACGACAUGUUUCACUUCUUGGGAAGUGCUUCAGCUGCUUAUUUGAAGUACUUCACACCCCAGCUUCGAGCCCUCUCCAGCCGAUGCGGGCUGGACGUACCUCUUUCCAAUCUAGGCCCGGCCGUGGUGGUGUUCCAGGAAACCUCACGCACUCAGCUGCUGGGUCAUGACAGAACAGUCCCGGCUGAUGUUGUGCUUCAGAAGCGUUUCCAUGACCUGGGUCUGAGCACAGAAGCCUUCAGCUCGGUGCAGUAUGUGGGCACACAGACCAUCACACCUCCAACAGACUUCUCUCAGUUACUGGAUACCAUCAAAAUGCAGGUGAAAAACACAGCCUCACGAGCCCCCCGACAGCCGACUAUCGUCUUCAGUGCACUGCAGGCCCUGACUGAUAGAUUCUGUGGGGAAAUCUCCGAUGACAAAAUUAGCCUGUACUCCUUUUUUCCGGACGAGUAUUUCACCUGCCCUUCUGUCUGCCUCAGCUGCAAUGUUCGCUGUAAGAAUGGCAUGAACCACCAGAAGGACAGACUGCCACACUCAGCGGAUGGGUUAUGCCAAUACGCCCAUCAAUACAACAACAAGGUCCUUAUCUGCAAGAAAUGCUAUGAAGGUGGACGGGAGGUAAUAGUUGUGCCCAAGACAUCUGCUGCUUCGGAUAACCCAUGGCUUGGUCUGGCAAAAUAUGCCUGGUCGGGGUAUGUACUGGAGUGUCCGUUCUGCGGCAUCAUCUACCGGAGCAGGCAAUACUGGAUGGGGAAUCAGGAUCCAGAGAGCAGUGUGGUACGCCCAGAGGUCAAACAUGUCUGGCAGGGGUCGGAGGCUUUCCAGACCGACCAUCAGAACGCGGCUCAGAGGGUGCUGGAUGGAGUGAACUACGUCCUCCAGUCUGUAUCGGAAUACAGCUCCGGCCCCACCAAAGCAGUCACAGCCUGGAUCACGGAUCAGGUGGCUCCCCCGUACUGGAGACCCAAUGCAGAGAUCAUGGAAUGCCAUGGCUGUAAGCGGAUGUUCGAGGAGGCGGAGAGGAAGCACCACUGCCGAGCGUGUGGCGAGGGUUUCUGCCAGGCCUGCUCCACCCGCAGUAUGCCAGUCCCUGAGAGGGGCUGGGGCAGGAGCCCUGUGCGAGUUUGUGAUGCCUGCCAUCAGCGGGUAGGAGCUACUCAGGUCAUCCAGGUAGUGCAGACAGAACCCAAGACCCUGGUGGCUCGCAGGGUUACCGAAAUGGCACAGUCCACGCUUAACAUGGUCUCCACUGCAGUGGACUACCCUCUCUGCUUCGUAAAGGGGGUGGCACGGCCCGAAUACUGGGUUCCAGACCACGAGAUCACACAGUGCCACCAGUGCGCCAAGGAGUUCAGCCCGAGCGCGUCCAAGCACCACUGCCGCUCGUGCGGUCAGGGUGUAUGUGGGGGCUGCUCGACUCAGUGCCGUCCCGUGCCCUCCCGCGGCUGGGACCAUCCGGUGAGGGUGUGUGAUGCCUGUGUGACCCAAUUAGACAACCAGUGACCCCUGAAACAUCUGAGAGGAGUGACUGUGUUCCUUUACAGAUUAAAAACUGACAUUCUCCUGGUUGAGGUAACCAGACAGACGGAGGCAGUAAAACUAAUCAGGGUCUUUCACUUUAUCAUAAAAAAAAGGGAAAUAAUCUGGGGGUUUUAUAAAUUUUUCCCAACCGUUUAGUGCUGGCACUGAAAGAAAAAGCUCAUUCUCUUUUUAAAUAUUUAAUAUCGGCUUUAAUCCUUAAGUUUAUUAAGGACUUUUCAACAUGAUCUCGGAGGGAAGGUUCACAGUGAAUAUGUAUAAUGAUAAUUCCGUGGGUGGGAAACCUUUGGUCGGCUCCUUUAUAGGAAUUCACAUAUCAGUUCCACUAAAAAGACUUUACUUUACUUUAAAUGACGAACAGUUUUUCGUAGUGUAGCAUAUUUACAUUUGAAGAGAACUCUGUUCUUUGUUCCACAUUUGUCCACCAUAUUUGUAAUUUUUUGUGAGAAAAGUUGUGCCGCACUGAAUGCUGGGAUUGCCUUCACCGCUAAGGAAUCAUCGAACGCUUCCUCGUCAAUCAGUCAGAUUAUUGCUUCAAAAUAAGGCACCUAAGUAGGCAGCAUUUUAACGAGUAACACAAUUACUAUAACUAUAAGGACAAGUAUUACACUAGCACACUGUGCUAUUGGCCGACCAGGUGUCUACACAGACGUGAUUGACUGUGUCUGAUUUGGGGGGGAGGGGAGGUGUUAAAGCCCUGCGAUGGAUUGAUGCCCUGUACAGAUAGAGUAUUCCUGCCUCAUGCCCAGUGUUUCACGACCACUUGCCACGACCACUAUAAACAUAAAAUGGGAAAAUAAUUAUUAUUGGAUGUUUUUGUGUAUAUAAAUGUACAAUAACAGUCAAAUCAGUGAUGUUUGUUAUCUGAUGUUAAAUUUACAUCAUUUUAAGAUCUGCUUAGGAUCACAUACAUUAUUAUUUAUAAGCAUAAAGACUUAAAAAGUAGGUGGAAUUUCUGAUCUUUUCUGAUCAAUGUGUGUUUACGAAAAAUAUAAAUAGCAUAUACUAAUGCUUUACUAAUUGAAGUAAAUUAAAUAGAAUCUGCUCUGUACAAUUUGGUCCCAUUGUGGUUUACAGGAUGUAACUGAAAGACUCCACAAGGGGGUGUUUGCGUGCAAGUUCACACGCAAUUUGCUUAACAAUGUAAAAUUGUCGGGCUUUUUUUAGUGUUUGUCAAUUUUCCACCUAAUCUCGUUGUAUUCAAUUACCUUUACUCCCACAGACGUCCAUUCCUGACCCCUAACUAGAUGAGCCGUGACUCUAACAUGCACGUGUCGAAGCUUUUUUCCCACCCACAUGAGGUGCGCUCAUUAGGAGAUCUGUAUCGUGCACCGCUAUCCAUUGUCCCUGGUCUCUGUUCAGGUGCCAUUGACUGAGGUGGCUGAGGUUGUAAUUGCAGCAGUUAAAGAGGAAUUUCCAUCAUCAAUCAUUGCCUGUAUAGGCGCCCGUCCUGCUGGUAGCAGAGCUGAGAUUCGAGCCUGUCAUUUUCAGUAGCAGUUUAUCCUAAGCGAAGGCUUUGUGCGUUCGGGUACGUGUGCUCAUUCACUACAGCUAAAUUAGAAUUACAGUAUAUCUAAAAUGCUGGAACGGAUUGAGGUGGUUAUUUUCCAGGUGGAAUUGUGUAUGAUGCGACUUUGCUUUCACAAGGCAUAUUUUGAGUCCAUAAGUUAUUAUUAUUAUUAUUAUGCAAUGCCUGCAACUAGCAGAACUGCCUUACAUAUCUAACUCCUGUAUAUUACAUUACACGCUCUCCAUUAAUGCCACUUCAAUUAUUUUGCACAUUGUUUAUGCUAAUUAGUCCUGUAAUCACACUUUACACUGAGCCCAAUGAUUUAGAAGCAACUGUGUAUUUAAAAUGGCUUUGAAUCAACCUGUUUCUAUUAAAAAACACUGUUGAGUGACUAACAGUAAUACACUUUCAAGGAAACAUAGAGGUGCUGGCGAUAUCUGUGCUUUUAUUAGUUAGAUGUCUCUUAGUUCAGGGUUUUUUUCCCCCAGCGACUCACUUUUUGUGUGACCCAGGCAACACAAACAAUGCAUAUUACCGUCUCUGCUCUACUUUGUACAAUCUGGUCCCACCGUGGUUUACAAGAUACAACUGAAAGCCUCCACAAGGGGACGUUUGCAUGCAAGUUCACCAACAUUUGUAUUAUGUGUUGCUCUGUUCAUAACCAUUACUGCACCAAUUAAAAUCAGACUGUACUUAAGAACAAAGUGCCUCAGUUAGGGGGGGUGGUAUGUUGUCAGUGAUUUUCAGUCAGAAAAUGUUUCCUUGUAUUCUAGGAGCUGAUAAUGAUCUGCAUGCUCAGGGAAAAAAACACAAUUUAUGGAUGCAUUAAACUAGCAGGCAAAUUAAACAAUCAGGAAAAGCCGUUCUCCUUGUCUCGUUUUAAUGCAUUGCUAAUUGGCGUAUGGCUAUGGAGGGAAUAUCCAUACAGGUGACAGGUGGUCAAAUUAGUCUGGUUGUUUCAGUUCAGAUUCACUGACGUUUGAUCUGAUUGGAUGCCUGUGAGAGCCCAGCUAGUCUCGUGCGGGCACUUCUAGGCUCAUGCAGGUGUAUCCAGGCCCACACAGGUUUAUUUAGGACUAUGUGGGCGCACCUAGGCUCAUUUCUGAUUCAUUGCCCAAUAAUUGAAGUGCAUCCGAUGGAAAAAAGCUGAGAAUUGCAUUUCUUACAUGGGUUGCAAUAAAGCACUUUACUAGUAUAAGCAGUUUAUGUGAGAAACUCUUUAUAGAAUUAUUAAUUAUUAAAGUCUGGAUUAUUAACUUUUUCAAUAACCUGUGGACUGGAAACCAUUGUUCUGUUUUUUUUGUAAAGCAAUUUCACCAAAGCAGUGAUUUUAGUUGAAAUUUAUAUGAUCUUGUUUCAAUUUUUGUUCUUUUUUUUUAACCUUUCUGAAUAUUAAAGACCUUUUUAAAUGUU